GGGUGCGGUGCGUCACCCAGUGACGUUGCGAUGCAAAACAGUUAUGCGUAAAGUGUCGAAGUGAAAGGAGAAAACUUUAGUGUAAAGAAAACAAUAGACAAUAGACACACAAAAAAAAGAAUCCCAAAACCAUGUAGAGUGGAGAGAAUUUAACAAACAAAGCCUUGACCUGAACCCAAUGCAAGUGCAACAAAGGUCGGCUCUUAAUGAAGAGAGUCCAUGUGGCAAAACAUAAAGAAAAUGUGAAAUUUAAACGCAUCCAAAACGAAAAUUGAAAGCGAAAAACCUGUGUGUGUUUGCGAUUGUGUGUGUGUGUGUGUAUGUGGCCUAUUUAACGCUCCUACCGUUAGUCUGAGGUAGCAUGGGUUCAUGCUUUGGCAGCUGCGUUCCCUCCAACUCCACCACGAACAACUCAUCUACCUUCUCAGCCACCAACUCCUCCACAUCGUCGGCAUCGUCUUCCUCCACAGCGUCGUCCUCUUCGUUGUCAUGUCUUGCCAACAGCUGGCUCUGUCAUCGUCGUCGUAGGGCCAGGAGCAUGGCCAGGGCCAGGAUCAGGGCCAGAGUGGGGACCAGCAAUACAACAGACACGGAACAUGAGCCACCCGACGACACCGAACUCAUAUCACAUUCCAGUGCCCAGAGUUGUCAACGACGCGGUCUGGUCUACCGCAUACUGAAAUUUAAAAGGAAGCAACAGUGUCCCCAGUUUCUGGACAAGUAUUGGGAGCAGCAACCCAACUAUGCCAAGCUGCAGACUGACAAUGCCCCCUCGGAUAUACAACUACAAAAUCUGGAUGCCUACAAGUUGCUCAAUAAUCAAUCUACACCCAACAAAGAGACAGAAAUAUUAAACUAUCAACGUAUGGCCAAUUCGAGAGCUAGUUCCUCUUUGGAUCUCGAAUGGGAGCACGAGUACUCACAACUGAGGCAAUAUCAUCAGCAUCACAAGGAGGAGCAAACGAAUGGACCCCAACAUACCCCACCACCCAUGGCGGCAGCCUCUCUUGACCAAUUGACCACGGCUUCUUCAAUUGCCGCCAAUCAUGUGCGCCAUCAGGCAGUAGUGGCAGCUCGACAGGCGCGUCUAGAUCGUCGUCUUGGUGGCUCAUUUACACGCACCUCAUGUUGUUCAUCGACACAGAACUCCUGGUCGCAUAUAUCUACACCAGAGUCCCUUGAAUGGGAUGUUGACGAGGAACGCGAGCAGCAGCGACAAUUGCGUCUAGAAGAUGAUAAUCUGGACGAUGAGACUCUCAAACUGUUGCAUCAAAUCGAGCAGCUCAAACAUCAUGUUCUCCAGGAAACUGGAGAUGGCUUGAGCAUGGGUGUGGUGGCUAUGGAGGAACUAAGUGAAGGUCUGCAGUUUCGGGCUACACACUUUGCUACUACUGGCAGUUCCGAAUUGGAAGCACAUAUUAGUUGAUUCACAGACCAUAAUGUAAAUAUACAAAAUUGUAACAUUAGAUUAAGAAAUGUAUAAAAAUUCGAAACAAGACAAACCUAUGAUAUCCUAUAAGGAAUUUACUAUUUAUGACUUGAACUAAGUUUAAGAUCUAAAGUUAUUUUUGGCAUGCCAAAAAAAGAUACACCCUAGCAGAUAAAGUUAAAAUACUUUACCCUUUUCUAUAAUUUUUGAAAUUAUUGUAGUCUGAUAUUCAGUUGAAAGACUUUAAAAAUUAGCCCAAGAAAUGUGGCCCAACAUAUUUCCCAAUCUUUAUAGUAAAAGGUCUUUUUUAUAUAAUUUGUUGCUCCGAUAUUAGAAAUAAUAAAUCUAAUAUAACAAAUACUAAAUCUAAAUCCAAGUUCUAAAUUGGCAAAGAUAUAUUUAUAUAACCCAACCAAAUGAUAUCUGCAAGGGUAUAAUAUUAACUGUAUAGAUUCAAAUCUACUCGGUUAUUUUAAAGGACAAAUUCUAAUCAAUUAAAUUAGUUUACUCACAAAAAAAAAAAAAACAGAUACCUAAAAGACAAAAUGAAACAAAAAGUUAUUAUACAAAUUUAAGUGCCUAGUCUAGCAUAUUUAUAUAUGUAUAUGUAUGUCUCUAUAUGUAUAUAUGUAAAACCAAAUACAUUUUCCCAAACAACACAACCAAAAUCCAACCCAAAAACAACCUAAGAAACAAAACCAAAGCCUUUUUCAAGCAUAUCGCAAGAGAAAACUACUACUAUAUGAUUCUAUAUAGUCUAUACAAAACGAAAGACAACUGAAAGUUCUAUACACAUAUAUAUUUACGCUUUAUUUGGUUAUGCAAAGAGUCUAUUAGCCAA